CCGAGGUGCUGAAAAUACAAAACUCUUUGACCAUGGAUGUGUUCAUGAAAGGAUUUAAUAAAGCCAAAGAAGGUGUUGUGGCGGCAGCAGAGAAGACCAAGCAAGGCAUGACAGAAGCAGCAGGGAAGACGAAAGAAGGCGUUCUCUACAUGGGUUCCAAGACCAAGGAGGGAGUUGUUCAUGGGGUCACAACAGUGGCUGAGAAAACUAAAGAACAGGUAUCAAACGUUGGGGGAGCUGUAGUGACCGGCGUGACAGCAGUAGCGCAGAAGACUGUGGAAGGUGCCGGAAACAUUGCUGCAGCCACCGGCUUCGUCAAGAAAGACCAGCUGGCCAAACAGAAUGAAGAAGGCCUCCCACAAGAAGGAGUGAUGGACACAGACAUGCCUGCAGACCCUGAAAAUGAGGCCUACGAAAUGCCUCCUGAG